AUGAUGAUUAUCUUAUGCUUCCUUAAGCUAUCCCUGGUGGUAGGGCGAAGUGGUAGAACUCCCGUAUGCCAACGGGAGGAUCCCGGUUCAAAUCCUGGUGAACGCAAGUUGUUUUGGUGUUUUGACGUAGUACUGAUGUCCUCGCUUGGUGUUUUGUACUCUAUCCAUUAUCUAUAUUUUGACAAUUUCCGCAAGACUUCAGGUCUGUCAAGUCAGCCGACACCUACCGUUACCUCCAACUCUCGUCUCACUUUAACCAAACAGACGACAGCCGGCAACCGUUCCUCCAAACUACCCGUUGCGUCCAAGAAGCGUCGCUUCUCUACCAUCAAAGCUACCGCUGUACCUUUGCGUCGUUCACCUCACACUCACGCACCUACAGUAGAACCUCUCGUCUCCAUGAUUACCGACUCGCAACUUGCUACUAUGCCUGUAGUCUCCUCCACCGAUUCCACCUCCAUCCUGGGCUUAGAACCCUCUGCUAUUGCGCCCAGCACGCCUACUACUGUCUGUACCGGCCUGCAUGUUCCCCGCACAGACGAAAUCCAUGGCCAUCCUCAGUUACCUAACUGGAUCCAGGAAAUCUAUACACGUCUUUCCGUACACGAUUCUCAAUUGGAACAAAUUAAAGAUUUGUUGAAGAGAAACCAUGAACUUCAACUGGCUUUGGAUAACGCUAAUCGAGAGAUUGCACAACUCAAGUCAACCGCCAAUCACUCGUUGCCACCCUUGCCUUCAGCUCCGACUGUACCUGAGAAGAGAUCAGAUGGUACCUCGGCCUCCAAAUGGGCUGAUGUGGCCGCAACUCCACCAUUGAACGAUCCACCAAAGAAGCCCCAGACUCUCAAGACACCUAAAUCUAAAGCCAUCACUUCUUCCAAGCCUGUUCCCAAAGGUAAGUCCAAACGACCUCCAACUUUGGAACAAAUUAAUCGUUUUUACUCGGCCCCAUCGGAAUCACAUGGGUACCAAUUCUUGUACUUUACAUCCUGUGGUCGUGAAGCCAUCUCCAAAAUCCGUGCUGGUUUUGGAGUACUUGGCUUAUCGCAGAGCCGCAUCCUCGACAUCCAUUACCCUGAGAACAAUACUAUCAGCUUCCUGGUACACAAUGACUAUAUCGAUACUGUCAAAGAUGCCAUGGCCAAGCUGCCUUCCUCCAAGCUCCUCAAUGAUUUUGACCCUUGUGCUCCUUCAUUACUCCGUGAUCGUAAGUAUACUACUAACCCUGACCAGGCUUUUGUGCAAGCUGAAGCCACCCGGAUCCAUCAAGAACGGUUAAUACGUAUUGUCAAGCGCCUUCAUGUCCCUCAUGUUCAACUUGCUGUCGCUAGGGAAUUUUGCUUCAAGCGUCAAUGGCUUCCUGAAUCUGUAUAUCAUUCUCUCUACUCUGCUAUCUAUCCUGACAAAUCAUCCAAGGCUAUCGCCCUUUCAGCACAGGCCGAUGUCAACAUGGAUGAUGUUCCUGCAACUCAAGAUUCUACUACUCAACCUGCUACCUCUUCUACCUCUAUUAGCCCAGCUGACGGCGUCUCAGCCCCCUUGGCCUAA